CCACGUUGCAGUUUUGCACACAAAAAAAAGUUACAAACUUCACUCUCAAAAGUCCCAACCACGUUCACAAAAUCAAACAAGACAAUCAAUCCAAAACGGAAAAAAGAAAAAAAAAUAAAUAAGAACAUCUGCAAAGGGGAAAAUUAGAAACUGCCCACACUUUUUCUUUCUCACCAAUCACUCACUCUCUGCUUCUCCACUCUACCCAUCAACCUCAAUAUUUCCCUCAGAUUGAAAAAACCGCAUUUGCAUGUUCUUAUCUUUAUCUUUCUGAGUCACUUCCAGCUAAAGUUCCUUCCUUUCUCUUUCAAUAGUAGAAGGCGAGCUUGGGGGGAGAUAGGAAUGGUAAUCGCUAGGGUUUCAGUGGCAUUGGUGGCGACAUUAUGGGUGUGGUCUUGGGUGGUUAUGGUGGAAGCAGAGUAUAUAAGGUAUAAAGACCCAAAGCAACCGGUUGCAAUUCGAGUGAGCGACCUUCUUGGAAGAAUGACUCUUCAAGAGAAAAUUGGUCAGAUGGUUCAGAUUGAUAGGAGUGUUGCCAAUGUGGAGACCUUAGGCGCAUACUCCAUUGGGAGUGUGUUGAGUGGUGGGGGUAGUACACCACUCCCUGAGGCUAGCGCUGAGGACUGGGUCAACAUGAUAAAUGAAUAUCAGAAGGGGUCUCUCUCUAGUCGUUUGGGUAUUCCGAUGAUCUAUGGUAUUGAUGCUGUUCAUGGACACAAUAAUGUCUACAAUGCUACAAUAUUUCCACACAACAUUGGGCUUGGAGCUACCAGGGAUCCUGAACUGGUACAAAAGAUUGGUGCUGCCACUGCCCUUGAAGCUAGAGCUACAGGGAUUCCUUAUGUCUUUGCUCCAUGCAUUGCGGUAUGUAGAGAUCCAAGGUGGGGCCGAUGUUAUGAAAGCUAUAGUGAGGAUCACAAAAUUGUAGAAGAUAUGACACAGAUUAUUACAGGUCUACAAGGAGACCUUCCUGCUUAUUACAGGAAAGGAGUUCCAUAUGUUGGUGGAAAAAAGAAGGUUGCAGCUUGUGCAAAGCACUUUGUGGGUGAUGGUGGAACAUUCAAGGGCAUCAAUGAGAACAACACUUUGAUCGACCGGCAUGGGUUGCUUAGCAUCCACAUGCCUGCCUAUUCUGAUGCAAUCAUCAAGGGUGUUUCAACAGUAAUGGUUUCCUACUCCAGCUGGAACGGUGAGAAGAUGCAUGCAAACCGUGAGCUAAUAACUGGCUUCCUCAAGGGCACCCUUAAAUUUAAGGGUUUUGUUAUCUCAGAUUGGGAAGGCAUUGACAGGAUUACCUCUCCACCACAUUCAAAUUACUCAUACUCUGUCCAAGCAGCAAUUCAAGCUGGCAUUGAUAUGGUCAUGGUCCCAUUCAAAUACACUGAGUUCAUUGAUGACCUGACCUACCUAGUCAAGAACAACAUUAUUCCAAUGGAUCGCAUUGAUGAUGCUGUGUCUAGAAUUUUGUUUGUUAAAUUCAGCAUGGGUCUAUUUGAGAGCCCAUUGGCUGAUCUCAGCCUGGUCAAUGAGCUUGGAAGCCAGGAGCAUAGAGACUUGGCAAGGGAGGCCGUGAGGAAAUCACUUGUGUUGCUGAAGAAUGGGAAAAAUGAAACUAAUCCAGUGCUACCCCUUCCCAAGAAGGUCACCAAGAUUCUAGUUGCAGGAAGCCACGCUGAUAAUUUGGGAUACCAAUGUGGUGGAUGGACAAUUUCAUGGCAAGGAUUUAGUGGAAACAACAAUACGAGGGGAACUACUAUACUUGGUGGGAUAACAUCAACAGUUGAUCCAAGCACAGAGGUUAUCUACCGUGAGAAUCCUGAUAAUGACUUUGUCAAGUCGAACAAUUUUGCGUAUGCAAUUGUUGCGGUUGGUGAGCACCCUUAUGCCGAGACUUCAGGAGACAGUACAACGCUCACAAUGGCUGAUCCUGGCCCAAAUGUUAUCAACAACGUUUGCCAGAGUGUGAAGUGUGUUGUUAUCAUCAUUUCUGGCAGACCUAUCGUGAUCGAACCGAAUCUUUCUGUAAUUGAUGCACUGGUGGCAGCAUGGUUGCCUGGCACUGAAGGCCAAGGUAUUAGUGAUUUACUUUUUGGUGACUAUGGGUUCAGUGGAAAACUUCCAAGAACAUGGUUCAAGACAGUAGAUCAACUCCCAAUGAAUUUUGGUGAUUUGCACUAUGAUCCGCUCUUCCCUUUUGGAUUUGGACUUAAAACUGAGUCUGUUAAGGAGCUUGUGGCCAGGUCAACCUCUGGUGGUGUUGUUGGAAGCCCAUAUGUUAUUGUCAUUAUGGUUUCUCUAAUUAUCAGUUUAUUUUCAUGAGUUUGGUAGGUUAAGCGCAGGUUAGUGAAAGCUUUGAGAAGCAGCAGGCUACAUCAGAAGUGAUUGGAAUUCUUGGGGAUUGGUUGGUAGAGUUAGCUGUAGUAGUAGUGCUCAUUGUAUGUUAAAAUAUUUUCAUUUCUUGGUAGUUGAUGAGAACAGCUAGACCUUACCAUUGUUUCAAUUCAUUGUAUUUGAAAGCACUUGCUACUUUUGCUAUUCUUCUUCAUAAAUGUUAACAAUUUCUCUCGUGUUAGGAAAUGGAAUUACUGUGAAGAGCUUUAGUUGCGUUCU